AUGACAAAACGAAUGCUUUCUUCGAAUCCGAUGCUCUCUUUAGAGACAGAAAAUAUUGCAAAACUGGGUACUUUAACAGCAGACAACUUGAGCUGCAUGUGGAAUGUUUUUACCAAAUGCGCUGAAAAUCUUGAAAACGGUCGUCGAUUAGAAAAUCUUUCGUGGAGGCUUUGGUAUCGCGAGGCUGUUAUGUCUGAACCCGGUCAGAGUUGCCAUGAACGAAUGGAAGCUUCAAUCCCUGACCUCUCUUCCAGCUGUGGUUCUAUAGCUUCUUCAGCUGAUUCGGAUGAGGACGUCUGUGCUUUCUCCCCUACUAGCAAAUCUGACACUAUCCGUCUAAACUCAACUACUAAUUCCGGAAGUCAAGAAUCUUUCGUGCAUGAGAACCCAAGAGGUUUAAUUCGAUCAACUUCUUCCUUGCGCCCACGAGCCAGACGCUCCAGUUCGCGUUUACUUUCUUCCGACACAUUUAGUCAACUUAUCACAUCAUUUUCUCCUUUGGAGAAACCUCUCGAAAAAUCAGCUGAUCUUCAUCAGCAACCGUCGAAUCCAUCUUUUAAAUAUCAAAAUCGACCGGCCUUAGCGGUAACCGUUAGUGAACCGCACUAUGCUUCUUCUUGUUCCGUUUCAGAUUACCGAAAGGAUUCGCAUGCAGAUACGAUGACACCACCUGGUCCCGCUCAGUCAAAUGAGAAGAUGUCAAAGAAAGAAUUAUCGAAAGUUGGUUCUUCUUCUCAUGCGAAACCACAAAUGGCAAAUAAAUCCGUCAGUAGUUCUGUAGCCGCAGCUGCUAGGGCUAAAGAUGCAGAGCGAGAAAAAAUCGCCAAAUUAACUGUGACACCCGGAAAAUCAACUAGUGUUAUUCAUGGAUUUCAUCCUAGUUCCUCAAAAACAACUCCUUCACCCUCUACCAAGACUAAAUCCGCAGUACAAGACUCCAAUACCGGAUCUGGAUCCUUAAAACAGGCUUUUAAUACGAAUAAAAGUCACCCGUUUUUUUAUCUUCGAGGUGCCUACUCUGACAAAAACGCCUCACAAUCAUCUUCAAUGAUAUCCACAACUGAUGAAGAGACGAAUCCUCCUAAAAAUACCGUUAUUCCUGAACUGAAAACAAGAGACCCCGAGGAAAGUGAAAAAGUCAGUUCGGAUAGUGACGAUGAAGAUGCUUGGGUUUCCGUCGAUGAAGAAGCGAACACCCCUCCGUGUUUCUAUAAACGGCCUCCUACACCUUUUUCUUCUUAUCGAAAUAGCGCUUUGUCUUUGCUAUUAUCAAAAGAGGAUAGAACUCAUGGCGGACACAAUAAUGAUUCAAGAUCACGAUUGGCCGCGGCUUCUCCGACUUUACCUAUAAAUGCAAGCAAAGCUAAUAAUCAUGAAGCCAACAUGGAAACUUUGAAUUCUAGCCUUUUAAGUGGUAGUAUUCCAUUGUCAUCGGAGCCCAGAGUUUAUCAAAUCUCUCAUAACAACGCUAACAAGACAAAAAUACUGAAUUCGGAAAUUUCAGAAAGUCUAAGACGAGAUCUAUUAUGGGAACGGAGACAGAAAGCGUCUUUGAGCAGCGCUGUCCUUCGGCGGCAUUUCAAUAAAGGUCAAUCUGGGGAUGAGGAUGCCCGUAACAAAAAGAUUGUCGAAAAAGCUUUUUCAAAUGAUUGCUCCGUCUGGUAG